ACUAUCAAACCAAACGAUAUUGCCACAGUCAGGAAACUUGCAAAACCACCACAUCUUAUUAUGAGAAUCAUGGACUGUGUUCUGUUACUCUUUCAAAAGAAGAUCGACCCUGUUACUAUGGAUCCAGAAAAACCUUGCUGCAAGCCAUCAUGGGGAGAGUCGUUAAAGUUGAUGAGUGCAACGGGAUUCCUGUGGAACCUUCAGCAGUUCCCCAAGGACACUAUAAAUGAAGAGACUGUUGAGUUACUACAGCCAUAUUUUAAUAUGGAAGAUUACACUUUUGAAAGCGCUAAAAAAGUCUGUGGGAAUGUGGCUGGUCUGCUGUCUUGGACACUUGCUAUGGCAAUAUUUUAUGGCAUCAAUAAGGAAGUGUUGCCUCUGAAGGCCAACCUGGCCAAGCAGGCGGGCAGGUUAGCAGUGGCAAAUGCUGAACUGGGAAAGGCACAGGCACUGCUGGAUGAGAAGCAAGCUGAGCUGGAUAAAGUGCAAGCAAAAUUUGAUGGAGCAAUGAAGGAGAAAAUGGAUUUGCUUAAUGAUGCCGAUACAUGCCGGAAAAAGAUGCAAGCAGCUUCUACUCUCAUCGAUGGACUCAGUGGAGAAAAAGUUCGAUGGACCCAACAAAGUAAAGAGUUCAAAGCUCAGAUUAACAGACUUGUAGGUGACAUUCUGCUGUGCACAGGAUUCCUUUCCUACCUUGGUCCUUUCAAUCAGAUAUUUAGGAACUAUCUGCUUAAAGAUCAAUGGGAAAUAGAGUUGAAAGCACGGAAAAUUCCUUUCACCGAAAACCUGAAUCUUAUUUCAAUGUUGGUGGAUCCUCCAACUAUUGGUGAGUGGGGGCUUCAGGGACUACCAGGAGAUGAUCUCUCAAUCCAGAAUGGCAUUAUUGUGACAAAGGCCAGCAGAUACCCACUCCUUAUAGACCCACAAACUCAAGGCAAAACUUGGAUUAAAUCAAAGGAAAGAGAAAAUGAUAUGCAGGUGACAUCUCUGAACCAUAAAUAUUUCCGCACACACUUGGAGGACAGCCUUUCCUUGGGCCGACCCCUUCUCAUUGAGGAUAUUCGUGAAGAGCUGGAUCCAGCCUUGGAUAAUGUAUUAGAAAAGAAUUUCAUUAAAUCUGGCACCAGUUUCAAGGUGAAAGUUGGUGAUAAGGAAUGUGAUAUCAUGGAUACAUUUAAACUUUACAUUACUACCAAAUUACCGAACCCUGCCUUUACUCCUGAGAUUAACGCUAAAAUGUCAGUCAUUGAUUUUACUGUUACGAUGAAAGGACUUGAGAAUCAGUUACUAAGGAGAGUAAUUCUAACAGAGAAACAGGAGUUAGAGUCCGAGAGGGUUAAACUUAUGGAGGAUGUUACUUUUAAUAAACGGAAGAUGAAAGAACUUGAAGAUAACCUCCUCUAUAAAUUAAGUGCUACAAAAGGUUCAUUGGUAGAUGACGAAUCUCUCAUUGGCGUCCUCCGAACUACAAAACAGACCGCAGCGGAAGUCAGUGAAAAGUUGCACGUGGCCGCAGAAACUGAGAUCAAGAUUAACACGGCCCAGGAGGAGUUCCGACCCGCAGCCACCCGUGGCAGCAUCCUCUACUUCCUCAUCACGGAGAUGAGCAUGGUCAACAUCAUGUACCAGACGUCGCUGGCCCAAUUCUUGAAGUUAUUUGACCAGUCCAUGGCCAGAUCUGAAAAGUCACCACUACCUCAAAAGAGAAUUACAAAUAUAAUUGAGUAUCUGACAUACGAAGUUUUCACAUACUCGGUCAGAGGCCUCUACGAAAACCACAAAUUCCUCUUUGUGCUCCUCAUGACCUUAAAGAUUGACCUUCAACGAGGGACAGUGAAGCACAGAGAGUUUCAGGCUCUUAUUAAAGGUGGAGCGGCUCUGGAUCUGAAAGCCUGCCCUUCCAAGCCGUUUCGCUGGAUCCUCGAUAUGACUUGGCUGAAUCUCGUGGAGCUGAGUAAACUUCCACAAUUUGCAGAAAUUAUGAACCAGAUAUCUCGUAAUGAGAAAGGGUGGAAAAACUGGUUUGAUAAAGAUGCUCCAGAGGAGGAAAUUAUCCCUGAUGGAUACAGUGAUUCACUAGACACCUUUCGCAAACUCUUACUCAUCAGAUCUUGGUGCCCAGACCGUACUGUUUUUCAAGCAAGAAAGUAUAUUGCAGAUUCUUUGGAGGAAAAGUACACAGAACCAGUUAUCUUAAAUCUGGAAAAAACCUGGGAAGAAAGUGAUACUCGAACACCCCUGAUAUGUUUCCUGUCCAUGGGAUCUGAUCCCACCAUUCAGAUUGAUGCAUUGGCCAAGAAACUGAAACUGGAAUGUAGAACUAUCUCAAUGGGGCAGGGACAGGAAGUACAUGCCCGAAAGCUGAUUCACAUGUCCAUGCAGCAGGGUGGUUGGGUAUUACUGCAAAAUUGUCACCUUGGCCUGGAGUUCAUGGAAGAAUUACUAGAGAUGCUGAUUACCACUGAAGCCAAUGCUGAUUCUUUCAGAGUGUGGAUAACUACCGAGCCCCACGAUCGAUUUCCAAUUACACUGCUUCAGACUUCUCUCAAAUUCACUAAUGAGCCUCCCCAAGGCGUACGCGCAGGUUUGAAAAGAACAUUUGCCGGAAUUAAUCAAGACCUUCUGGACAUCAGCAAUUUACCCAUGUGGAAGCCAAUGCUUUACACAGUAGCUUUUUUACACUCCACUGUGCAGGAGCGACGAAAAUUUGGUCCCUUAGGAUGGAAUAUUCCCUAUGAAUUCAAUUCUGCUGACUUUUCAGCCAGUGUUCAGUUUAUUCAGAAUCACCUUGAUGAAUGUGAUAUUAAAAAGGGUGUAUCAUGGAAUACGGUUCGGUACAUGAUUGGAGAAGUACAAUAUGGAGGCAGAGUGACAGAUGACUUUGAUAAACGUCUACUUAAUUGCUUUGCUAGAGUCUGGUUCAGUGAGAAGAUGUUUGAACCAUCAUUCUGUUUUUAUACUGGAUAUAAAAUUCCUUUGUGCAAAACUUUGGACCAGUAUUUUGAGUACAUUCAGUCACUGCCAUCACUAGAUAACCCUGAAGUCUUUGGGCUUCACCCUAAUGCUGAUAUCACAUAUCAGAGUAACACUGCUUCUGCUGUUCUUGAAACAAUUACCAACAUCCAACCCAAAGAGAGCGGUGGUGGCGGAGGAGAGACCCGGGAAGCCAUUGUUUAUAGAUUAUCUGAAGAUAUGCUGAGCAAACUACCCCCUGAUUAUAUCCCUCAUGAGGUGAAAGCUCGUUUGAUAAAGAUGGGACAUCUUAAUUCAAUGAACAUAUUUCUUAGACAAGAAAUCGACAGAAUGCAAAGAGUCAUUUCAAUACUUCGCAGUAGUCUGAGUGACCUAAAAUUGGCCAUUGAAGGAACAAUCAUCAUGAGUGAGAACUUGAGAGAUGCCCUAGACAACAUGUAUGAUGCUCGUAUACCUCAGCUCUGGAAGAGAGUAUCCUGGGAUUCAUCCACACUGGGCUUCUGGUUUACUGAACUCUUGGAAAGGAAUGCUCAGUUUUCUACUUGGAUCUUUGAAGGGAGGCCUAAUGUGUUUUGGAUGACUGGUUUCUUUAAUCCCCAAGGCUUCCUUACAGCAAUGAGGCAAGAAGUGACCCGUGCCCACAAAGGCUGGGCACUGGACACCGUGACCAUCCACAACGAAGUUCUGCGACAGACCAAGGAGGAGAUCACAUCACCCCCUGUGGAAGGUGUUUAUAUUUAUGGACUCUAUAUGGAUGGAGCAUCCUGGGAUAGAAGGAAUGGGAAGCUCACAGAAUCCACCCCCAAGGUGCUCUUCAUGCAAAUGCCUGUGCUGCACAUCUUUGCCAUUAACUCUACAGCACCCAAAGACCCAAGGUUGUACGUGUGUCCUAUUUACAAGAAACCCAGGCGAACUGAUUUGACCUUCAUCACGGUGGUAUAUCUGCGAACAGUGCUGUCCCCAGAUCACUGGAUCCUGAGAGGAGUGGCCCUCUUGUGUGACAUCAAAUAAGUUCAUUUUCAUCUGCUGAGGGCACCCAAAGCCACACAGAAAGACUGUGCUGCUGAGGGACUCAGUGCUGUGCGUGUUUUUUCUCCCUGAUCGUUGCUUGAUCACUUUCUAAAUUAAAAGUUGAUGUU